UCCACCGUAAUUUGGACUUUUGCACCAAUUUAAAACUACUAUGACCCAACCACCCCCAAAAAAAAGAAAAAAAGAAAAAAAGAAAAAAGAAAAUCCCGUGUAAAUAUUAUACGUAUAUUUAUAUAUAUGUGUCGUUUGCACUGGGAAAUGGACCCCUUUUUCCGCACACAAACUCGUGGCCUUCAUUUCUUCAAAAAAAAAAAAAAAAAUACAUUAGCCAUUUUAUUUUUCUUGUUAUAUAAAUCUUCAAAUUAGUUACGCUUAUAUUUCAGUACUGACAUGUAAAAAAAUGGUGACGCACACCAGACAAAGAGGGUUUUCCCUAUUCAUCAUUUGUUUGUUCACCAUUGUUAAUUACUCUCUGAAAUUCACAGAGGGCAUCCGAGUUUCAGACGGCGCUGUCAAACUCGAGUUGAUUCACCGGCACCACCUGCAAGGGGAGCGCCGCAAUGUGGCGGCGCAGCCGCUGGAGCGCCUCCGCCAACUCGUCCACAGCGACGCCGUUCGCCUCCGCGGGAUAUCGCUCAAAGUAAUGCUGAUACAGGGCGGUGCCGGUCCGGUCCGGCGACGAGUCAGUGAAACCGACGACGCCUUUAUUCCGGCGUCCACCAAUGGCGGCGGCGGCGGAGGAAGCAAUAACAAGGAGCAAUUUUCCAACGUGUCGGGUCAACUACCGAUCAGUUCGGGUGCGGAUUUCGGGACGGGGCAGUACUUUGUGCAGUUCCGGGUCGGAUCCCCGGCCCAGAAAGUGGUGCUGAUUGCCGAUACUGGCAGCGAUUUAACUUGGAUGAACUGCAAAUACAGGUGCCGCGGCGGCGGCGGCGGUGGAUGCCGGAGAAACUCGAACAAACGCCGCCUUUUUUGGGCCGAUCGUUCGUCUUCCUUCAGAACCGUGCCCUGUUCUUCAACCACGUGCACUAAUGAUCUCGCCAAUCUCUUCUCCCUCACUCGAUGCCCUUCUCCCAUCUCCCCAUGUGCCUAUGAUUACAGGUACUCAGAUGGUUCAGCCGCACAAGGCUUAUUCGGGAACGAAACCGUAACACUCAGCCUAACCAACGGGAGAAAAACCAGACUCCACAACGUUCUGAUUGGCUGCAGCAUUUCCUCAAGUGGGCCCACUUUUCAGUCGGCCGACGGUGUAAUCGGAUUAGGGUACAGCAACUACUCACUUGCGGUCAAAGCAUCUAAUUUAUUCCGGGGAAUAUUCUCUUACUGCCUCGUUGACCACUUGAGCCCCAAGAACAUCUCCAGUUAUCUCACAUUCGGUUCGGCAAAACAACAAACAGAUACAAUGCACUACACGGCGUUAAUAUUAGACGUAAUCAAUCCAUUCUACGCCGUUAGUAUGAACGGCAUCUCCAUCGGAGGAUCAAUGCUGGAUAUUCCGGCGGAGGUUUGGGAUGUGAAGGGUUCCGGGGGAGUGAUUCUCGAUUCCGGCACGAGCCUCACUUCGCUGGUGGGGCCCGCUUACCGGCCCGUUAUGGCUGCGUUGACGGCGUCGUUGUCGGGUUUCGAGAAAUUGGGAUUGGACGUGGGCCCGUUGGAGUACUGUUUCAAUUCGACGGGGUUUGUGGAGAGUGUCGUGCCGAGAUUGGUGUUCCAUUUUGGCGACGGUGCGAGAUUCGAGCCGCCGGUGAAGAGUUACGUGAUAGAUGCUGCUCCGGGGGUGAAGUGUUUGGGGUUCGUCGGCGGCGCGUGGCCGGGUGUUUCCGUGGUUGGGAAUAUUAUGCAGCAGAAUUAUUUCUGGGAGUUUGAUCUUGUGAAUAAGAGAUUGGGUUUUGGUUCGUCGUCUUGCAAGUAGAUUGAUUUUGGGGUUUUGAUUUGUUACAUGGGGAGUGUAUUUUUAAAUUUAAAUUUAAAUUCAAAUUCAAAUGUCUCUCUUUAUUUAAUUUGUAUUAUACAUAGAAAAAACAAAGGAGAAAAACUAUUAUUGUUUUGAGGCUUUUCUUGUCGUUUGUAUAACCCCAUACCUUGGUUUCUGUUCAAGACUCAAGAGUGUAUAUUAUUGUUACUCAUAGAUGCACAUUGAAUAAUAAUUCUAAUAAAAUUGUAUUAUUGUUAAGAGUAA